AUGUUUGCCCUCAUCCCCGGUGAGCUUCGUUCAGAAGUGAACAUCUCGUCCUACCUUCUGCUCAACCUCAGUCCAAACGCCUUACGGCCUUCAAAAAUAAAUGCACAAAGAGCCGUCUCUCUCCUGACGGCAACGGCUGUUAUCAUUAGAGGCGAAGUUGCCUUGUUGCUUGUGCCGAUCUGUUUUCAACUGCUCGAGACCGAGUCAAUAACACCCGGGACCUUGAUGCGAACGAUUUGCAUAGCAGGUCUAGUCUCUGUAGCCAUAACCGUCUUUGUCGACUCGUACUUUUGGUCUCGGUGGUUCACAUGGCCGGAGCUCUACGUCCUCAAUUACAAUAUCCGCCAAGAGAGAUCCUCAGAAUGGGGUCUUGAUUUUGCAAAGCUUCUUCUCUCUUCAAUACUCCUAUCCUUCUUCUCACUUUUCCGCGCCGGAUCGUCUCGGAAUCUGAAUCCUCGUAACCAUAUUCGGUCAAUCCUCUUCCCUCACGUCACGUUCGUCACACUUAUGAGCGCACUGGGACACACAAAGUGGAGUUCCUUUGUCUAUGUUGUUCCGAUAUGGAACGUGGCAGCAGCAAAAGGGGCGCAGUGGUUACUUUCCCACCCCAAAUCAAAAUUCGCAGGCCAACUUGGCUUCAUAACCGUGGUCCUUCUUAUUGUAUUCAAUAUAUGUUUUACGUUCUCGCAAACCUUGGAGAGUAUGGAGAGCUACUACGGUGGCAUGGCGCUUUCCAGAUUUAACGAUCAGUAUGCUGAUAAGUCUCAUGUCCGUGUCCACAUAUCGGACCUAGCAACUCAAACCGGCGCCUCUCUCUUCAUCCAAACUCAGUCCCUGCCCUGCCCGACACUUCUUCUAAACUUUCAGUCGAACACCACGCUGGCUGCCACCGGAUGGACAUACUCCAAAAUAGACGGGCCCACCAAAUUCGCCUCGCUCACCGCUGACCACCGUAUCACACAUCUCAUCACCGAAGUCGCUAAGGCUGGUGAUAUCAAAGGGUGGAAAGUCACUGGUACCGUGAGCGGGUUCACAUGGAAAAUGGACUGGGGGACCAUCGCAGAUAUGAAGGCCGGGAGGUUGUGGAAGGGUGGAUUUGUACGCGCUUCGGAGAGAAUCCUACGGUUGUGGACGAUGAAAAUGGAAGAUAAGUUGUGGAUUUUAGAGAGGAGUGGGUGA